CCAAGGAUUCUCUGAUGUCUACAAAAAUGCCUCUAACGAAUUGAUUCGCUAAGUUUACGACAGAGGUCGCAACACGUCCACUUUUUAUAUCAUUUACUAUACUAUCUCAUUAUAAGCACCAGCUUAAAAAUUCAAAAAGUAUUAAAACACUUAAUUGUUGGAAAAACAUGUCAGAAAUUGAUAAUACAAUAGAAAUAAUGAGCACAGAACCAGAGGAAAAUGUCGAAACACCACACGAAGAAGUCCAGAAUCCUACAGACAAAAUAAACUUUUUAAUGGAACAACUUUCGGAGUUGAAUGAUAUGAUCAGUGCGUACAAGCAAAACCGAGAUGACUGGGAAUCUUAUUUGUCUACUUUCCAAAUAAGCAAUUGGACGAAACAAGUUAAGCACAAUGAAUUAAAGAAAAGGGAGAACCAUCUGAGGAAAACGAUUUCCGAAACGAUGAGAAUGACGGAUAAUGUGGAACAAGAAUUGAAAAAUUUAAUAUCGCAAAAAAUAGGUGCUGAUUUUGGGAAAAAGUGUUCUAAUUACACGGAAAAUUUUCUAUGCGCAUAUACGAAAUAUUCUUCAGAAAAAUUGUCAAAGGACAUUGAAUGGUACAAGCAUCAGUGCGAAAAAAUUUAUUGCGGACUACCAACGCUAAUAAAGGAAGUAGAAAAUUUAGAAGUACAACAUGGCUUAGAUAGUUGCAUUUCUGACGGACAUACAGAAAAAACAUUAGAAAUGUUUGCUUUGUCGAAUAAUAUAAUAAUAAGUUAUAAUAAUAAUAAAAUACAAAAAAUUGAAGCUGCGCAACAGACAUUGGAAAAAUUGGAGGACAAGUUGAACUGCAAAAGUACGAGAUUAUAG